AUGUGCCCUGGGCAGACCGGAUCGGCUGCGGGGAAUCACUUAGCCAACACCUCUGUUCAGCACCAGAGAGGCUCUCUAAGAACCUUCCCGGACUUCCCGCUCUCGCCUCCCUUUGCCAGCGUGGGUAGGAUUGUUGCCAAUGACGCCAGGAAGGGUAGUCCUGGCUCCCGCAGCACGGACUCCUAUCUUGCAGGCCAGGGUAGGGACAGGCUCCUGCGAGGUGGCGCGAGGCCCGCUGAAGGCGGGAGGAGGCGGGCCCCCUCCGGCCGGGGUGGAGCCAACAGCACAGCAAGAGUGAGAGGCACAGGCACUCCUAGCCAUGGGCUCGGGGUGCCGGAGAUCUGGGGGGUCUCCCGUGCUGCUAUUGCUGCCGCUGUUGCUUCCCGCGUGUCUGCUGCGGAGCGCUCGGAUGUUUCCAGUUCUUCGAACAGGGAUAUCUGCAUAGCUGUGCCUGGGACUGCCACUUUCUCUUCCUACUGUAACCUCUCUGGAAAGGCCCGUGGAGAGCUAGUCACUCCCCACUGGAUCCUGGAGGGCGGACUCUGGCUCAAGGUCACCCUGGAGGAGCCAAUGGUGAAGCCUGACUUGGUGCUGGUGGCUUUAAAGGCUGAAGGUCAGGAUCUCCUGCUUGAAUUGGAGAAGAACCACAGGCUCCUGGCCCCAGGAUACACAGAAACCCACUAUGGUCCUGAUGGGCAGCCCAUAGUGCUGUCCCCCAACCACACGGAUCAUUGCCACUAUCAUGGGCGUGUGAGAGGCUUCCAGGAAUCCUGGGUAGUUCUCAGCACCUGCUCUGGGAUGAGUGGCCUUAUUGUGCUCAGCAGCAAAAUCAGCUAUUAUCUGCACCCUUGGAUUCCUGGAGACAUCAAGGACUUCCCAACCCACAAGAUCUUCCGGAUGGAGCAGUUGUUCCCCUGGAGAGGGGACCUGAGAGACAAGAACUCCCAGUACAAAGCAGGAAUGGCCAAUCUUCUUCAUGUCCCCCAGAGCCGGGUGAAGCGAGAAGCCCGCAGGAGUCCUAGGUACCUGGAACUGUACAUAGUGGCUGACCACACCCUGUUCUUGCUUCAGCAUCAGAACUUGAACCACACAAGACAGCGCCUCCUGGAAGUUGCCAAUUGCGUGGACCAGAUUCUCAGGACUCUGGAUAUUCAGUUGUUGUUGACGGGGCUGGAAGUGUGGACCGAGCAGGAUCUCAGUCGCAUCACGCAGGAUGCAAAUGAAACGCUCUGGGCUUUUCUACAGUGGCGCCGUGGACUGUGGGCCAGGAGACCACACGACUCCACUCAGUUGCUCACGGGCCGCCCCUUCCAGGGUACCACGGUGGGCCUGGCGCCUGUGGAGGGCAUGUGCCGUGCAGAGAGCUCCGGAGGUGUGAGCACAGACCACUCGGAACUCCCCAUCGGCACAGCAGCUACCAUGGCCCACGAGAUAGGCCACAGCCUGGGCCUCCACCAUGACCCAGAGGGCUGCUGCAUGGAGGCAAACGCAGAGCAAGGAGGCUGCGUCAUGGAGGCAGCCACAGGACACCCUUUCCCGCGCGUCUUCAGCGCCUGCAGCCGCCGUCAGCUGCACACCUUCUUCCGCAAAGGGGGCGGUACGUGCCUCUCCAACGUCUCGGCGUCUGGGAGCCUGGUGCCGCCCAGCCGCUGCGGAAACGGCUUCGUGGAAGCAGGAGAAGAGUGCGACUGCAGUUCUGACCAGAUCCCAGACCCCUGCUGCUUUGCCCACAACUGCUCCCUGCGUGCGGGGGCGCAAUGCGCCCAAGGCGAUUGCUGUGCGUGGUGCCUGCUAAAGCCUGCAGGCACGCCUUGUCGUCCCGCUGCGAGUGACUGCGACCUCCCCGAGUUCUGUACCGGCACCUCCCCGCAUUGUCCCGCAGACGUUUAUCUACUGGAUGGCUCACCCUGCGCCGAGGGGCGCGGCUAUUGUCUAGACGGCUGGUGUCCCACGCUGGAGCAGCAGUGCCAGCAGCUAUGGGGGUCUGAAUCCCAGCCGGCCCCCGAGCCAUGCUUCCAGAAGAUGAACUCCGUGGGGAAUUCGCAGGGCCACUGUGGCCAGGACAGCAAGGGUAGCUUCCUGCCUUGUGCACAGAGGGACGCUCGGUGUGGGAAGCUGCUGUGCCAGGGAGGGGAGCCAAAUCCACUAGUGCCUCACAUAGUGACCAUGGAUUCCACAGUUCUCCUAGAGGGCCGCGAAGUGGUUUGCCGAGGAGCCUUUGUGCUCCCUGAUAGUCACUUGGACCAGCUUGACUUGGGUCUGGUGGAGCCAGGAACCCGCUGUGGACCUAGAAUGGUGUGCCAGGAUAGGCACUGUCAGAAUGCUACCUCCCAGGAGCUGGAACGUUGCUUGACUGCCUGCCAUAACCAUGGGGUUUGCAAUAGCAAUCGUAACUGUCACUGUGCUGCUGGCUGGGCUCCACCCUUCUGUGACAAGCCUGGCUUGGGUGGUAGUGUGGAUAGUGGCCCUGCACUGUCUGCAAACCCGGAUGCUUUCCCCUUGGCCAUGCUCCUCAGCUUCCUGCUGCCUCUGCUUCCUGGGGCUGGUCUAGCCUGGUGCUACUACCAGCUCCCAACACUCUGUCAUCGACCAGGACGGUGCUGCAGGAGGAAGCCCCUAUGUAAUAGGGACCAACCCCUGGGCGGUGUUCACCCUGUGGAGUUUGGCACCAUUAUCACCGGAGAGCCCUCCUCACCCCUGUACGCUGAGAACUCCGUGCUUACCUAAAAACUACUCUAUGAAGCUUGUGCCAUGCAGACCUGUCCAAUCCCUAUGAUUUAUGAGCUUGUUUCAAUAAGGAAAUGAGGCAUGGCCCUCAGAGAAGCUGUUGUCAUGGAGACCAGGAUGCUGGAAGCCCUAGGGGCAGGGAAGGGAGACACUGGUUCUUCUUGGGCCCCAGUCCUCAGUGACUCAGAUGCACUCUUAUUCUUCCAAUGGGCUGGAUGCUGAGCUCUUCCUACUCACCACAGGAACCCUAAGCUACGUCAUGACGUACCCACCUGCCCUGAGAGCUGUACUAUUCUGAAAUGUCAGAGUGUGUGUAAUAACAAUAAAUCCAUAGCUGUCUCA